AUGGCCUCUCCAAUGACACAGCAGCCUGUGGGCGCACCAACUACGCUGCCAAACAAACCCGAAAACAAGCUCCCACCCAUUCCAGAUGGCUCUCGAAUCCGCAAACGCCCCCUUCCUCUCCCUCCUCACCGGCGCACCUUGAAGUCGGCCGCAUCCUCUAGCAAUUUCCAAAACCAGACGACACCCGACAUUGAUGGCUACCUGCCCCCUCCUCGCGCGAAUCGCACCCAGAUCAUCAAGGUGGCCUCUUCAGCCUCCCACAUGUCACUUGUAAAACGCGUACGAAAGGCACUGGAGAGCGCCCGAAAUAACCAACAGGGAACAACAAAAGGUCUGCCCUUGGCAGCACGUGUUGCCGCUCUGGGUGCGAAGAAUGGGAGAUCAGACCAAACCGGGCCAAUAUCAGAUGCGCUGGAUGAUGUCGUGCUUAUUGCGACGGGGAGGGCAAUUCAGAAGGCGGUUGAGGUGGGGGCCUCGUUCACGAGAGAACGAGAUUUGAUUGUGAUUGCGAGGACGAAGACGGUACAGGCAGUGGACGACAUCGAAAUGAUGGACGAGGAUGCGGAGGAGGAGGACUCGGCGCGGAUCAGACAUGUUAGUUGUGUCGAGGUUGGAGUGAGGUGGGCCAGCUGA